AUUAACGCUCCCUUAUAUUAAAAAAAAUGCUGGGCAAUGAUGGCCUUCACCGCAAAAACACCACCAGAGCGCGUCGCCAGCCCGGGUGCUGCCCCCGCCCCGCGUCCCAGCCUGGAAAGCCCCUGGCAGGGAGCCAAGCGAAGGGAAACUCCCAGCCCCACUCGCACCUCCCCGCAUCACUGGGCGAGAGACGCUCACUCAGCGGUGAGGAGCUGGUGAGGAGGAGGCGAGGCGAGAAGCGGAGAGCGAGCCAGAGCUCAGGAGAGAGUCGCCCGCACUGAGCUCAUCGCUGCGUCGCUUGCAGAGGCCGGGACAGGAGCAGCAGGAGCCGCCACUGCUGCUGAGAGAGCGCUGUAAGGAGGGAACGGUUUCACCGUUGACGGCGACGCCGCAAGCUGAGCACGUGGAGCCAUGGCUACAGAUGAGAGAUUCAAGAAGAAGACGGAGCAGGUGGAGAUUCUGCUGGAUGACCUGAAGAAGCUCACCAGGUUUGACAAUUCCACCGUCCCAACCCUAAUGAGGAUCCAUGGUAUCUAUGAUCCAUACUACAAGGAGGAAAAAUAUGCCCUUGCAAGAGCCUUCCACAAGGAGGGGGGUAUAGAGCUCUACAUGAAGAUAAUGAUGUCCAUCUCGCCAGACGCCUCCAACAUCCCUGACUCCCUACGGAGACUCAUGGAGUGGAGCACCGACAACGUGCUGCUUUAUGUUAGAACCCAUGAUCCGAAGACGACCUUCGUGGACUGUGGAGGCCUCAAGUACCUGCUGAGCCUGCUCAAGCACCACGCCUGCCAGGGCCUCAUGCUGCGCUUUGAGCUGGCGGCGGACGUGCUGGCCUGCUACCUGGAUGUGCCCGACGCACCCUGCAAGCUCGCCGCUCUUUACACCCUGGCCAGGAUCACCACUGAGCAGGACCUCGACAUCAUCUGUAAUGCACAGGGAACCAUCUCCCUGAUGGCAGACAUGGUGAACCGGCCCUCAUACAAGAACUACACGGCAAUUGAGAACAUCCUAUGCAUGACCACAGGGAUAAUAGAGACUGUCACCCUGAUCUCCAUCACGGCCGGCAUCCGCAGGAAGACGAUGCAGCCGGGAGCCGAGCUGGAUGAAGAUGCACUACAGGAAAUCCUCCCCGAGUUACGAGAGAAGUUGAAAGCGGAGACUGAGAAACGAGACUACACGCUCGAGUGGGGAGACAUCGCAGUCCACCCCACGCGUCGCUCCGUGCAGAAGUGGCCCAAGGCUAGGGACGGCCUAAUCUACAUCCCCUACAAAGUGUCCUUCGCCUUCUACGAUGGUGACAUCAAAAAGAUCCAGGAGGCGGCGCUGGAGUUUGAGAAGAAAACGUGCGUCCGCUUCAUCCCUCGCUCCAACGAGACUGACUACAUCUACAUCCAUGCAAAGGACGGGAAUUGGUCGUUUCUGGGCCAUCAGGGCAGGGACCAGGCGCUGUCCCUGGAGCCUGGCAAGGUGACCAAGGGCGUCGUUCUGCACGAAUUCAUGCACGCGCUCGGCUUCCACCAUGAGCACUGCCGCAGCGACCGCGAUGACCACGUCAUGGUGCUGAGCCACAACCUUAGACCAGAAUGGGUGAAUGACAUGCGGAAAACAUCAAAUGAGCAUAAUCUCAGGACCCCCUAUGACUACAGCUCUGUCACUCACUACAGCAUGACCGCCGGCUCUAGAGACGAGCACAGUCCGACCCUGGUGCCCAGGGACCGGAGCACCAUGCGUCGCUUUGGAGGCGGCCACACCCUGAGUGAGGGCGAUGUGGAGAAGAUCGAGAAGAUGUUCGAUGGUGAACCAGCAGCACUGAGUCCAAGCAACGCAGCUCCAGCACGAACGCGCCCAGAGACAGGUGCAAGCGCGAUGCAGAAGGAUGCGGGAAACAUCCCAGACUUCAAAAUAGAAGACGCUAUGUGGCUCUUUAAGACUAACAAGAAGAAAAAGGAAAAAAAUGAGCAUGAUUUCAAAGUUGAAUGUGAUGGUGUCAAAGACUGCCCUUCGGCAGCUGGAGUGACACAAUGGCCCAAGAGUCAGGACGGCAAUGUCUACGUUCCAUACGAGGUGUCGGCUGCCUUCUAUGACUAUGACCGUGAAGCCAUCCAGCGUGCAGUGGAAGAAUUUGAAAAUAAAACUUGCGUCCGCUUCCACCCUCGCAAAAAAGAGCGAGACUUCAUUCACAUCCAAGCCUUGGACGGGCCUCUCAGUAAGAACUGGUCGUACCUGGGGAAGAAGGGUGGAAAGCAGGAUCUGUCCCUAGAGCCUGGGAAGGCGGUCAAAGGCAUCGUUCUGCACGAGCUCAUGCACGCCCUCGGCUUCCACCACGAGCACUCCCGCAGCGACCGCGAUGCGCACAUCUGGGUGCUGAAAGAUAACAUCAAGCCCGAGUGGAGGCCUCAAAUUGUGGAUAUUAAAUCCACUGCUCAGGAUUUAGCGGCGCCCUACAACUGCAACUCCAUAAUGCACUGCGGCAUAUUGGGAGGCUCUAUAGAUAAGCGCAAUCCGACUAUCCUACCUAGAAAGCCUCUGCUCAUGCAGCACAUGGGAUGCAGCAGCUCCCUGAGCCACGGUGACGUUGUGAAGGUGCAGAAGCUGUACGGAUUCGAGGCGCCGCCACCUCCGCCCGUGCCAGUGCUCCCAGCGCAUCAGCGCACCGCAGUGGCAGAGGACAGGGCGCAGUUCCAGGAAGACAUCCCCCUGGAAGAGUGCGUGGGGUCCCUGACGAGCAAGACGCAGAAAAGUGAGAAUAAGCGAAGAAACACAAAAGUGGUGGAGUGGGAGAAGAAAACAGAGCCCCUGAGGGCCGUUUUACAGCAACUGAAAAAGCUGUCCAGCUAUGACAGCUCCACGGUGCCGAUCCUGCAGAUGCUCUUGGAUCUGCUGUCCGCACAACAAUCUAAAGACAGGAAAGACAUGUUGGACGCUUUUAUACAGGAAUCUGGAGAUUUGUUGAGGUUGAUCAUAGAAGCACCAAAACCAGACAGUGCAAGACAACGCCUCCUGUGCUUGGUGCAGAAGAUUUCCAUUGCGGUAUCCAAUUAUUAUGCUGAGGAAGGAGGACAAGCAGGAAUGUCUUUCAAAAAUGGGGACGUUGCUGGAGACCUCUCAGAGGAGGUUGUGGAGUGGCCCAGGCACCAGGAUGGCAAGGUGUACAUCCCCUACCACAUCUCCAUCGCUUUCAAUGAAAAAGACAAGAGUGAAAUUAAACGAGCUAUUGCGGAGUUCACAAAUAAAACCUGCAUCCGUUUCAUACAGAGAGAGGAAGCACAUGAGGACUACAUCAACGUCCAAGCGCUGGAAGGGAGCUGGUCGUUCCUGGGCAAGAAGGGAGGGGCUCAGUCCAUGUCCCUGGAGCCCGGGAAGGUGGACAGGGGCACGGUUCUGCACGAGCUCAUGCACGCGCUCGGCUUCCACCAUGAGCACUGCCGCAGCGACCGUGACCAGCACAUCAAGGUCCAUGAGGACAAAGUCAAAGAACAUGAGCUUGGGCAGUUCAAACGGCUGGAAUGCAAUGGCUGUGGAGAAGAUCUGCCCUACGACUACCUCUCCAUCAUGCACUACGGCAGGUAUGCCUCCUCCUCGGACUACAUGAGUGAGACGAUCACCCCCACGACAGCAGCUAAAGCUCCCAUCGGCCAGAGGAGCGGCCUCAGCCCCCUGGACGCGCUCAGGGUGCAGCGCAAGUACCAACCGAACCUAGCUGGUGUGUCGGAGGACAGAGCCUUGAAGGACGCUGUUGCUAAGACGGCCGCUCUCUGUGAAACCCUGGAGGAGCCUCCUCGUCCGACACAAGAUGUUUCAGCACAAAUGGAGAUAAUUCAUCAGCUGAGGAUGCAGCACUUACAGGGGCUCCGAUUGGAACACAUGGAAGCAAUGAAGAAAAAAAUGGAAGCGGAAUAAAAACGAGCUCAAGAGAAGAAGAGCUGCACCAUUCAAUAGUUUUGGACAAGUGCCCAUUGAACAUUCUGCCUUGUUAGGAUGCGCUACAAUUAUACAUCUUUACUAUAUUUACUCUCUCCAACAGUUAUGUGAAGUGGUUUUACAAUCCCACCACUAUUGAAUGCUUUUAUAUGCACAAACUCGUCUACAAAAUGCAGCACUUAGUGGAAAAUCUUAAAUUAGAAACAGACUAACAUGACCACAACUAGUACUUGUAACACAAUGAAAAUAAAUAACAUAAUAGGAGUCACGUUGCCACAGGAACAUGCGAGUGCACAAUUGCCAUAAUUUAGUCAAGCAAAUUCCAACAGUCAUUCACCUGUAUAAAGGUGCACUGAUUAUGCUCUUUGCUUGGUGUAAGCCAAUUCGUUUUCUAGAAUUUCACUUCAGAUUUAUGAUCCCUUUAGUUGUGAUUAAACAUUUAUACAGAACUCCUCUUAAUUGUUACCCUAUUAUCCACUACUUUUAAUAUCCAUGGCACUUGUAGCAUCUGCAAAAAAUAUUCUUACCCAAGCCCUUUUCUUCCUAUUAUCCGCAAAAGCUGCUUCCUAUUAUCCAUCAUAAUUGCUUCCGAUUGCACCCCAUAUUAUUCGUAGAUAAAUGGAGUCAUGGCAAAUUCCCACUUUUACCCGCAGCUUAUCCGCAAUGUUUUAAAUUAUGUAUGGAGCUACAAAGAAAACACAAUUUUUGCGCCAAAGUAAGUCCAGGUUUUUCUUUUUCUAAGAAUAAUUGUGCUCAAUCAUAGUAUUAAAUUUUGUAACGUCAAAGGUCAUGACGUAUUGUCAACUUCUGCUGUGCUUAAAAGACUGACCCCUCCCCAAACCCCCACAACUACUGAAUCACGAUGCUAAAUAACUAUUGUAACUCGUGCUAAACAUCUGAUUAAAUAUAAUUAUAUUUCAACUAGCGGGAAGUACCCGGCGUUACCCGGGUGAAGAAUAUAUUUCAAAACUUAUCUUUAAAGCAUUACAUAUACAUAGUAAGCUAUUGUGAAAGCCCGGUGGGCUGUUUAUCCAUUUCUCCACCAACAAAAUUAUAAGAGCCUUGCAUUGCAGAAGUUCAAAAAGUUAUUUAUAGAAAGUGGGGGGUAAAAAAUUGAUAAAAAUGUUUCCGAAAA